GAUCUUAUGACAUCUGCCCGCUUUCAUCGUUGUCUUGCCCAAAUCGCUGCUCUCCCAGCGAGCCCGCAGCUUCGCCAUGGCGGACUACGUCCCACUCGGCGGAGGGAGCGAGGAAGGGGAGGCACCAUCAGAGGAGAAGAGCAAGGGGUCCAGAAGCCCUCGGCUCGCUUCUCUCGAUGCCUUCCGAGGCCUUUCCAUCGCUCUCAUGAUAUUUGUUGAUUAUGCUGGUUCUAUAUUUCCGUUUAUUGCCCAUUCCCCUUGGAAUGGUGUGCGCCUAGCAGACUUCGUGAUGCCAUUUUUUCUUUUCAUUGCUGGAGUUUCUCUCGCACUUGUCUACAAGAAAAUAUCUGAUAAACUCCAAGCAACACAUAAAGCGAUGCUAAGGGCAGUAAAACUCUUCAUGCUUGGUAUUCUUCUUCAAGGUGGUUAUUUUCAUGGUAUAAAUUCCUUGACCUAUGGUGUUGAUAUUGAAAAAAUUCGAUGGCUUGGUAUUCUACAGAGGAUAGCUAUUGGAUACAUUAUUGCUGCUUUAUGUGAAAUAUGGCUUUCAAGCGUCACAGUGAAGGAUGCGGGAAGUGGAUUCUUCAAGAACUAUUAUCUUCACUGGGUUAUUGUGUUUUUGCUCUCUGGCAUAUACUUGGGGCUGUUAUACGGCUUAUACGUUCCAGAUUGGCACUUUACGGUUCCACAGAUGUCUUCAAAUUCUUCCCAGAAUAGCAGCUAUGUUAUCAAAACGGUGAGGUGUGAAGUAAGAGGUGAUCUUGGACCAGCAUGUAACUCAGCUGGAAUGAUUGAUCGCUAUGUCCUUGGCAUUGAUCACCUAUACAAGAAACCUGUGUAUAGAAACUUAAAGGAAUGUAGGACUGCUGAGGAUGGUCAAGUAUUGAAUACCUCACCUUCAUGGUGCCAGGCUCCAUUUGAUCCAGAAGGCAUUUUGGGAUCCUUGAUGGCUGCUGUGACUUGCAUAAUGGGACUUCAUUUUGGUCACAUUCUUCUUCACUUUGAGGAGCAUAAAGAUCGGCUUGCACACUGGCUAAUAUAUUCACUUUCAACUUUUGCCCUUGGGUUAUUUCUGGCCUUUAUAGGUAUUCCCCUCAACAAAUCACUGAACACAAUCAGUUAUACGUUGCUAACAACAGCCUCUGCAGGAUUAACUUUUUGUGCUCUAUAUUUGUUGGUGGAUGUUUAUGGGUACAGCUGUCCGACUUUUGUGUUUCAGUGGAUGGGAAGGCAUUCUCUAAGCAUCUUUGUUCUUCUAGCAUGUAACUUAGCUAUUAUUGCAUUGCAAGGAUUCUACUGGAGGAACCCCAAAAAUAACAUUGUCCAUUUGGUUGUAUCCCUCGUUAUACACAAAUAAAUUGCAUGGAAGGUCCUUUUUUCUUUUGGUGAAAUGUUAAUGUGUCGCUCUACCAGGUCAUGUCUUUUUCAGAGCUAUGGAAUUUCUUGGUACUUGUAUAUUGUUUUGAGACUUGUCUUUUCGCAAUAUCUAGUAACAAAUGCCAACUGUUGUAACUCUGAAUACUUUAGUGUUCAAUAGCAGUCUAUUAACACCAUUAUAUUUUCGGCA